CUUCACUGCCAAACCUUCCACUUCAGGCCUUCCUGUACAUAAAUUGUUGAAGAUUCCCAGAAUGCCGUCGCCAGCCACGCUCCAAAACACCCGCCCGACCGCCGCCAACGAGCACGCCAGCAGCAGCGAGUCCAGUUCGCGCGCCAGCCCCGCCCUCAGCAGCCUGGCAGGCUCCCGCACACGCAUGCUGGGCGGCCCCGGUACGCCCUCGCACGGGUCGCGCACAAUGGUUAUAUCGACGAGCUCGCGCGAGGAGUCGCCCGAGGGGAUCCUGCAUCUGCGCGGCCACGAGCGACGUUCUCCGGCAAGCAACCGGGUGCAGUGGACCGACGACACGGUUGACAACGAGCACAUGGGGAAGAAGAAGUCGAAGGUCUGCUGCAUUUUCCGGAAGCAGCGGCAGUUUGGCGAGUCGGACUCGGAGAGCAGCAGCGGCGAGUCUGAUGACGAUGGGCCGAACGAGUACGAGCGCAUGCCCAGGCACAAGCCCAGGGGCAAGCACAGCCACCAUCAUCACAGCGGCGAGUGCCAGCACUAGCGCGUGAUCACGGCAAAUCGAUUAAGGGAAUCUGCACUCGACAGUGUAUGGCUGGACGACUCCGUCUGCUGCAUGCGUGGAAGCCUUCAGCAAUAGCAGAAUCGCGAUGCCAGCCUGAUUUGUGCUGGCGUUAAUGCCCAAGAAUAGCUUCUUAGAAAGCGCCAAAACUGCCCUCCCCAACACCAACCAGGAAAUCACCUUGCAUGCACGACAGAUGCGCAUACGCACGCAACUAGUUGGCUCAAGCUGGCUCGUAAAGCAGCGAAAUAAAACAGCAAAGAAAACAACAAAGAAAACAG